UCAGAUGGACUGGUCAUUAUUCGUAGUGUUCGAGUAGGGAUUCAGCAGUAUUAUAUUUCGUGGAACUUAGAUUCUAGCUCAGCUUGGAAAGUUAUAUUAUAGAUCUUGAUUUUGUAGACUAUUGCUCUUUGUGGAGUUUGUAAAAGCAAAAAGUGACUAUUCUAGAUUGUGAAUAUAAAAUUAUAAAUUUGAAUUCGAGUUUUAACAGUCAAGAUGUCUCUACAUGUUCGUGGUAAUGCAAGAAAUAUUGGCUUGAAAGAAAAUCAGAAUAGAGCUAAGGAUGUUUCCCAGAAACCAAGCACUAGGCGUACAGCUUUAGGAAAUGUAACAAACCAAAUUCGAAAGCAACCUCAGCGGAUCGCUAAAGACAAGCAUUCUGUGCUUCCAAGUAAAGCAGGAUUCAGUGGUCAAGAAAAUGUGCCACCCCCUAAUAGCCAGAAGCCAAGCAGCUCGGGGAUGAGUUUUAAUAUUUUUGAAGAUGCUGCCCCAGCUCCAGCUAGACCUUUGACUACUGUUAGACAUGAAGCUCAAAUUAAAGAAGAGUCCAUGCUUGACCAGGAAAACUUGAUUCCAGAAGAACCCCUGGUUCUCAGAGACAUAGUGGCUGGAUUGAAUAGAAACAAUGCCUUUCCUGCUAUUGCUCGCCAACUUCAAGUGCCAGACCUAGACGGUUCUCCUAUGUUGAUAGACAGUAUAAAAGAAGAUAGAGAAGCUAGUAUUUGCAGGCCUGAUGAGUUUGGAUUAGAUCCCUAUAAUGAUGACAUUUACAACUAUCUGAGAGCAGUAGAGCCUGCAAGUAGACCAGAGAGAACAUACAUGAGAAAGCAAACUGAUGUAAGCACUUCAAUGAGAAACAUUUUAGUGGACUGGUUGGUUGAGGUUGGUGAGGAGUACAAGCUUCAAAGGGAGACAUUGUUUUUGGCUAUCAGCUACAUUGACCGCUUUCUUAGCCUAGUUGGAGUGCACAGGCCCAAGCUUCAGCUGGUUGGGGCUGCUAGUAUGUUCAUUGCCGCUAAAUAUGAGGAAAUCUACCCACCUGAUGUGGCUGAAUUUGUUUACAUUACAGACGACACAUACACUAGAAGUCAGGUACUGAAAAUGGAAAGUGUGAUUCUAAAGCUCUUGAAUUUCAAAGUGGCUGUACCUACCAUUAACUGGUUUUGUGAGCGCUUCCUUGAUUUGCUGGAAAUGACAGAGAAAGCAAAAAGUCUUACCCAUUUCUUGACAGAGCUAUCGCUUAUUGAGGUUGAAGAGUUUCUGGACUUUAGGCCAAGUGUGAUUGCAGCCAGUGCAAUUGUUUUGGCUAGGAGCACUCUGGAUAUCAAAGAUCCAUGGCCUGCUAAUGUGGAGAAAUUUAGUGGCUAUUCCUUGAGCAGUCUCAAUGAUUGUGUUCAGUGUCUGUUUCGUCUUUAUUCAAGAAAAUCUACCAUGCCUCAACAAGCUGUUAUUGAGAAGUACAAACAAGAAAAGUUUCAAAGAGUUGCAUUAGUGGAGCCACCAGCUGUACUGGCUAUUCAUUAAAACCAGAUCUUAAGACUAGAGAGACUGCUGAUCCCUGAUUUCUGCACUUAUCUACUUGUACAAAUCCGGGAAUUGACUCAAACAAAACUGUUUUAUUUCAUAACAAAGGUUUGAUUACAUUUUAUAAGUUACUUAUGAGAUUAUCAAAAAUGACUUUCUUAAAAAUGUACAAAUGAAAACUUGUUUGUUGAGUAAAAAUGUAGCUUGGGUCAUUUUGGAUGUUGUAAAAGUAGAUAUUGUGAUACGAAAUAGUGCAAUAUGUUUUAAAGAGAAGAAAAAAAUUUAUAUUUUUUAAGAAUAUUAUAUAAGAGAAAAUGUUUUUUAAGCAAUUUAGGGAACUUCCUUUAUAUAUUUAUAUAAUUUUAGAGAUUAGAUGAUUUGGAUUGGGAGGUUUGAAAAUUUGCAAGGAGUCUUAAAAAAAAAUGCUUUAUACAAGAUUCUUUGGGAUUAUGGAACUAUACUGCAGUGGCUUGUUUUUCUUACUUGCUUUUUACAUAUGGGCUGAGUAUGUCCUCAUUUUGUAUUCAACAGUAAUACCUCAACUUUUAAAAUCAAAAUUUUAUGAACAUAACGAGUUCAGAACUUGGUUUGCCUGUUUAAAGUAUUUACUUAAUAUUUGGAUCACAAAUUAGUCUAAAAGUUAUUGCUGUUUAUUUGUAAGUUUCUGUUAACCUUCUGAAGACGAUGUACAAAUUUGAAUGAUCAAACCUAGAUUAUUGUUUGUUGUAGACAUACUGAGCCCUCGAACAACUAUUUUGAAUCCAUUAUAUAAUUAAGAAAUUUGUAAUUUUAUACAUUAAAAAAGUUUUAAGUGUGAGUAUCAGCCAGUUUACCAAUUUGGUGCUGGUUGACCAGCUUUCUUGGAUUUCUAUUUAAUUAAAUCAAUUUUUAAAACCAAUAACAGCUUUGGGAAAUCUUAUCAAAAUUUGAAUUCAGUUUUGUUUUAAUUUUUUUCAUUUCAAUUACCGUUUUAAAAAAUGUUAGCACAAAUUUUUGUUAGUGUUUACUAAUUUCUUGUUUGUUUAGAUUUUUUUUACUGUAAUUACAUUUUUAUGAACCUAUUUCUAAUAGCAAGUGUUUUAUAAACCAGCUUUUCCAAGCAGGAUUUUUUGAUCAAAUGUUUUGGAUUAUUUUAAAAGUGCCUUGGUUUAAACAAUGCAUUACAGUGCCUUACUCAACUGUUACUUCCAUGUAUUACCAUAGUGUGUUCAAGAUCAGGCAGCCUUACUGUACAGCCCAUUAGAUUAUCUAAUCAUUCAUUUAACAUAGCUCAUUCAUUUUUAUCAUCAAAAUAUUUUUAUAUGAAAUUUUUAUUAUUCAUGUAUAUUUUACCUUGAUGUAUAUUUUACUUUUUCUCACAGCCUUGGAUCUAUAUCUUGUUACUUGACACAACUUUGCACUGCUAAAUCUUUCCUUGAAACUGUUGUACCAUAUCUCUAUGUUGUAUCUAUCUUGUAUUUUUCUGUAUCUGUUCUAAUUCUCUUGUACUUUAUCCCUAAUUUUAAAAUAUCUUCUCUAAUCUUUAAUACAUCUAUUUGUUACUGUAAUUCUGACAACUAACAAGAAACAUCUAUUCAUAAUGCAUUUCUCCAUCUUGCUGUCACUAGUAAGCGUAAAUAAAAAUUAAAUUUCAUUAAUUUAUAUAACUUAUAAUCCUUAAUGUUCUUUCUGUCUGUCACUGAUUAACUUCAAAACCAGACUGUGUUAUAGUCCUUAAUGCUUUUCUAACCUUGCUGUCACUGAUAAACUGAACCAACCAGACUGUGUUAUAUCCUUACUGCUCAUCUCACUGUCUGUCACUUAGUCUUAGCAUGACUGUGUUAUUGUCUUUUAGUUAGUUUUCCUGUCGCUGAUAACUAGUAAUUCUUGUCUCUACUGUCUGUCACUUGUAAUCUUGUUAUUUAAAAAAAUAGCCUGUUACUUAAUGUUACCAUCAAUACUUAGAUCAUUUCUUCCAUUGAAACAAAUUGCAUUAUUGAGUAGGGUAAAAACAUAAUGCAUUAUAUAAGUUUAGGAGUUACAAUUUAUUGUAUAGAACUUGGGCUUCUGCUUUGUAUAGCUAUCAGGUCAGUACCAGCUGAAAUAAUUAAUUCACAACCGCUUCCAUGGCUAAUAUAUAGCUUGCAUAUUACCCAGAUACAUUCCAUGGUAAUUUUACUGGCGUAUAGAGUAUCCUGUUUCAUUUAACAUUAAUUUUACCAGCUUCAAAAGUUUCACUGGCUUAUAAAUGUGAUUACUGGCCAUUAGUUAUGCAAAGCAAGUCGAGUUGUAUAAAAUUGUAUAGUAGAAUCAUUAAGUGUUUCUAUUAUUAUGGUGUGUUGAAAGCGCGGUGUAAUGUUUGUGAGUAUUGUAUAUAGUGUACAGAACUAUCUUCUGCUUCAAAGAUCUGCUAAGUAUCCGAUCCAUCUUUUGUCUGGCUUUUGAUCUGCUCUUAAGAUCUGUCAAUAUUUAUUACUCUAGUUUUAGAACCACCAAGAUGUAUCUAUUCUUUUUAUGGAAAUGUA